AUGGGGAUGCCGGCCCAGGCUGGGGGUCCUGCGGCGCUCGCCGGCCGGGGGCUCUUCCACGAGGCCAUGCCUGUGCUCUCGUCGGAAGCUGGCCGCAACGGGGCUGGGGAAAGCAGAGACUCCAGCCCCACGUCCCACGCCCCCAAGCCUGGGGACUGGUGGCCUGUGCCAGGCAACUGGGAUCAAAGACUGUUUCCUAAAUGUCUUGCAGAAACAAACCACUGUGACCUACAGCCUGUGGAUCCCGCAAGAGGCGAGGUGACAUAUACCACCAGCCAGGUCUCCAAGGGGUGCGUGGCUCAGGUCUCCAACGCAUCGCUCGAAGUCCACAUCCUCUUCCUGGAGUCCCCAAGGGGCCUGUUGCAGCUGGAGCUGACUCUCCAGGCAGCUGAGCAGAACGGCACCCGGCCCCGAGAGGUGCUUCUGGUCCUCAGCGUGCACACGAACGUCUUCCUGCAGCUCCAGGCCCCGGGACUCCCCUUCCACUUGGCCUACGACCCCAGCCUGGUCACGGUCCAAGCGCCUCCAGGAGUCAACACCACAGAGCUGCCACCCUUCACCACCCAGAGCCAGGUCCUAGACUGGGCGGCCGCCAAGGGCCCCAUCGCCUCUGCUGCGGAACUGGAUGACCCUCAGAGCGUCCUCCUCCGUGUAGGCCAAGGUCAGUUCCCCCGGACCCCCCGGGCUCAGGACUCUGCCAGGGAGGAAUCUGAGGCCCUCAGACGCAGGCACCGAGAGUGCCAGAGCGGACGCGAUUUGCCCCGGGACGCGCUCAGCAAGCCGACCACGGGCGAAUACUCCUUCAAGAUCUUUCCAGGGAAUAACAUCCACGGCUUGGUGCUCCCCGACACUCCCCAAGGCCUGCUGGGUAUGGCCCGAAUGCUGAACGCCAGCAUCGUGGCGUCCUUCGUGGAGCUACCUCUGGCCAGCGUCAUCUCGCUGCGGGCCUCCAGCUGCGGUGGCAGGCUGCAGACCUCACCCGCCCCGGUCCAGACCACUCCUCCCAAGGACACCUGCAGCCCGGAGCUGCUCAUGUCCCUGAUCCAGCCGACGUGUGCCAACGGCGUCAUGACUCUGGUACUCAAGAAAGAUCUUGUCGCGGCUCUGAAGUGCACCAUCACAGACCUGAGCUUCCGGGACCGCAGCUGCCGAGCCGAGGACAGCGGGGACCAGCUGGUCCUGCGCAGCACCUACUCCGGCUGUGAGAUGCGAACGACGGCAAACGUGGUCAGCAACGAGGUGGCUGUCGAUUUCCUGUCAAGCUCAUCACCACAAUGGAAAAAGGUGCACUGCCUCAACGUGGACGGCCUCUCCUUCCAGCUGGGCCUCUACCUCAGCCCGCACUUCACCCAGGCCUCCAGCACCAUCGAGCUGGGGCAGCAGGGCUAUGUGCAGGUGAGCGUGUCCCCGGCGAGCCCCGAGCUCUUGCUCCAGCUAGACAGCUGCCACCUGGACUUGGGGCCCGAGGGGGACACCGUGGAGCUCAUCCAGGGCCGGGAGGCCAAGGGCGGCUGCGCGAACCUGCUGGCCCCCAGUCCCGAGGGCGGUGUGCGCUUCAGCUUCCUGCUGCGGGACCUCACGGCGCCCACCCCCACGGCCGGCACCCUCAGCUGCACCGUAGCCCUGCGUGCCGGGACCGAGUCCCAGGAAGUCCUCAGGACUGUCUUCACACGCUUGAACAUCAUCACCCCUGACCUGUCUGGCCCGUAUGGGGCCCCCCGCAGCCCAGGACCCCGAAAGCCGGCCGAACAGCCCCACUGCACAGAUGGGCAGUCAGAGGCCCGAGUGGGAGCCACCGGGCCC